CAAUCGAAAAUCUUGGGAAUCUUACUUCUUCGAGACCUGUUUCGAGUCGUCUGGUUUGCACACAACUUGACUGGGACAGGCACUCCACGAGGCUUGGAUUGGGUGCAAGUCUUGGCCGAUCCAUUGGCUGGGGCUUGUCAGCAGACCUGAAACACCACGUUCAGGAACCACACCCGGUUAACCAAUUGGCAGCAACCGGCCACCUGCUUGGGCUGUGAAACUCAGACAGAAAGAAAACGUUGGUGGUGGCCCAAUGCACCAAAGCACAGUGUGUCUAUUGGGCCACGCACCAUGCCAGGUGAUGACUCUGCUCCUGAUUUGGUCCGAGGCAUCAUCUUCUCGCGGUCUGUCUUGCCGUGCAAACUAUCCAGCCUGCGUGGCAUCAAGGACGCUCGUGGCUGGAGCGUAUGAGCGCUGCAAAAGGCGCCCGGCGAGGCAAUGGCCCCAGGGUGAGCACAUGCAACGAACAGGUCAUAACCCACGGCACUGCCAGGCUCAAACUAUGAAGGAUUGCCGUCCAAAGUUACUGCUACUCAGAAAGCAAGGCCCUGAGUGCAGCACGAGGAUGGGGAGAUCUGGCAACUUGGCAGUGCGAGGUAUUGAUUGGAUUUAAACCGCCUCGCAAAUCCUCGGAGUGCCCGAGAAGUGGUUUCCGGUUUGACAAACGAUCAUCAUCCAACACGAGCAAGUCAUU